GAGGAGGGUGAGAAAAUGUAGGAUCCACACACUAGUCCUAUCUAAUUCAUUAUGCUGUGUACAGGCUACCAACCUGUCCUCCUCCAGAAUGGCAUUCGGUUUAUGGCACACACACUUAUGCAGCCUCUCCCCAUCUUCCUACACAGGCUUCUAAUCACUAACAUUGAUCAUCUAUUAAUCAAUAACAAUGUCAGAAACGUUCUAAACUAGACGCAGCGCAGUUCUAUUUUGAUCCAUUCUAAUUUCAUCUUUUUGAUCUUCGAUCAGCUCUUCACACUUGUACUUGUUACAUAAGCAAUAUACUAUUUCAGCCAAUCAGCAUGUUCCUGCCGUCCUUUUCUGUGAAAAGGGGUUUCCCAACUUUUAAAGCCUCAACUCGUACUAUACUGUCUGUAACCAAAUUUAGUAGUCUAACCCAGAUGCUUUCUAACUACCUGCCUACCUACCGCAGCUGGCAGGUCCACAUGUUUCAGGAAGUAUGUGGAUCGUACAUGUAUUUGUUUUACACGCUUUACACCAGAUUUCACCUGGGCUGUAGAUAAGUUGAUAUUCAUAACCUGAUCUCUCUGGCUUAGUGUCUGUUUGUUUAUAGUUGCACACCAUAUUCCACCAGCGUAGCUACACUUUUCUGUUGUGAGUUUUUAUGCUUAACUUAACAAUUACUCCUUUAAAUAAAAAGAAGAUAAUGGCAUCUGCCAAACACUGCAAAAGAAACAAAACAGGAAGUUCUAAUGCAUCUUGUAAUUGCAAAAUGAUCUUUAUCUUUCAUCUUGCACAAUGAGCCUUGUUUUUUUGUGUUCAAGAUGUUCCAGGUCCAUACAACCAGAAAAGUAACCUUCUUUUUAUCCAUGCUGGUGGUUUGUUCCUCAGUGCCUGAUGGAGAAAUUCUAACACCAGACCCCCCUGGCCCCAGUGGACCGCCUGGCAUCCCUUGCCAACCUGGCCCCAUUGGACCGCCUGGCAUCCCAGGCCAUCCUGGCAUCAGAGGACCACCUGGCAUUGGCAUCGCUGGCCUCCCUGGCCGACCUGGCAUGAGAGGACCACCUGGCUUCCCUGGCCCCUCUGGACCUCCUGGCCCCUCAGGACGGCCGGGCAUGACUGGAUCACCUGGCCAUGAUGGUCCUUCUGGUCCCCCAGGAAUCUGCACCCAUUCUGAAGGAGAAAAAUAUGGACUGACAUUCAUUGCCAUGGCAGGGUGUGUUGUCGCUAUCCUGGAUGCUGCUGCCUUGAUUGCUGUUGUUAGUUUUCUGAUAAGGAAUGAGAGAAACACAACAGUGAGAGGCUCAGGAGUGCAUUCCCAGAGGCCUGAUAUGGACCCUCCUCAUGAUACAUACACAGCUCUGAAUCUCAGAACAAGAUCACAUGAUUAUGAGAAUCUUGAACAUUUCAGGAAUCCAUCAAGUGCAUGUGCCCGAAACCAUCGAUGAAUACUGAAGCCUCUGCAAACUCCAGCUGAUGUUGAACUUGCAUAACUCCAUACACCGUCAGAUGGCAACCAACAAGGGCCAGUGUUUUACUCUGGGGGUUGAUGGGCACAGAUCAUUAGGACAGAUUAUAUAAGUGAGAUUACUUAAGUAAGAACAAGUAAAUAACAUGUAGCCUUAGUUAAUCAAAUAUUGAUGUUUGAAAUUUCCUCAUAACAUUUUUUUGUGUGUUUAAAGUGUGUUUAAUAGGAACAACUAUUCAUUCAUCAUUUUCACAUUACGCAAUUCUGUCUACUGCAGUUUCAGUGCUGUUUGUAUUCUGUAAUAUGUGCAUGUUUUCAAAGCUAAUGUGUGGUUGUUAUGCAUUAUAUACAUCCUCAUAUUCAUCCUGUUAAACCCUCUGUGUUUGAUUAUUAUACCUCACUUUGAAUUCAA